CCUUCCCCUCCUCUUCCUCCUGCUCUCAUCUCAUCCAUCACAGCCCAUGACAGCAGAUCAGCCAACAUGGCAUUCUCAUCUCGCUUUUCCUUCUGGGAACAAAAGAUCAAAGAAGAUCCAGGAAGCAAAAGUCCAGACAGUGAGGGGGCGCCCAGCCGGGCCAAGUCAGUACCAGCUCUAGACCCUGGCAGGGGGUUAUUCCGGGCAACAAGUCCUCCGUCCGUUUCGAAUAACGAGUUGUCAACCCGGGUCAGAAGUCCCUCCCCACCUAAAGUCAGGGAACCUGUUAAAGUGCCAGAACGCUUCAAAAGCCCUGAGGCCCCUUCAAAGACGACAGAGCUAUUAAGGAGCCCUGAACCACCAAAAGCACCUCUGAGCCCAAAGCCAGUUAUGAACAAAGAGCGAGAGCAAAAUGGCAUUGUGGGCAAAAGUGUGGUCAACUGUCCAGCCAACGGGAAUGUCACCAAUGGCAACCAAAUGGAUCCUACAGAAGACAAUGGUUUGACACGUAAGAAAGUAAUAAAGGUGAUUCGUCGCGUUGUCAGGAAGGUCGUGCCAACUGAAGAGGACGAGACCGCCGUGCCAACACAGCCAUCAGACAGAGCUCCACCAGCAGCCAAGCCUGCUGCUGAACCAGUUAAAGCAACGCCAGCUUCAAUGUCUAAGGCCCCAGUAAUGCCAGCAUUCUCUUUUAAACAUGACGUCAUCAAAACAGAAGAAAAAGACGACAUUUCGCGAGGAUUGACGAACCUCAUGGUAAGAGGCAGGACAAGAGAGCCCCGUCCACGAAUAAUUAGGGAUGAACGACCAGAGAAAAUAGAGUUGGAGAAGCAAAUUGAGAAGAAAGAGGAAAAGGUAGUUGUGCCAGAGGUGAUCAAAGAGGAGAAGAAAGAGGAUAACACCACCCCAAAGCCACAAGAGGUUGAUCACAAACCGACAAGCUCUGUUCCAGUUACACAUGAUAUCAAAUCUCCUGUUGCUGUAAACUCCCCAAGCAAGGCUAUUUCUUCCAAAUCCACUCAUUCCAGACCCUUGUCGAUGCCACCAAUUGUUGGCUUCAUCCCAUCCCCCAAGCCCUCACCUUUGUCUCCACCUCCUGGCUUUGUACCUGCACACAGAUCAACUUCUGCCAGAAAACCUAGUCCUACAAAUCCUUCUUUGGCUACAAAACCUAGUCCUACAAAUCCUCAUUCGGCUACAAAACCUAGUCCUACAAAUCCUCCUUCAGCUACAAAACCUAGUCCUACAAAUCCUUAUUCGGCUACAAAACCAAGUCCUACAAAUCCUCAUUCAGCUACAAAACCUAGUCCUACAAAUCCUAGUCCUACAAAUCCUCCUUCUGCCACAAAACCUAGUCUUACAAAUCCUCCUACCACCCAAUUGGCCCAGAAACCUGGCUCCCUCUCUCCUCCACAACGUUUCAGCCCUGCUGCGAAACCCUCUCCAGUUGCAGCUCCUGUCAGCAAAGAUCAUCUCCGUCCCAGCCCCGGUCCACAGUCUCCCCCUCAAUCUCUGAUUCUCAUUCAACAAACUGCUGUCAGUCAACAAGAGGUACACUGUCCACACUUUGCAUGUGUGGUCACAAUUUGA